AUGCUCAACUCACGUCCUGCGCUCGCGUCAAAAUCCCUUUUCCAGCAUCUCGACGUUGAAUCUGGUGAGGAGGAAGAGGAAGAGGUUGUUGAUGAACCCACCCAGCCGGAAAGCGAGUCUGACCCCUCAAAGCCGACAAAGUCUGCCAUAAAGCGAGCUCAGAAGGCUGCUCGUAUACAGAAGAAACUCGAACAAAAGGCUGCUUCGAGAGCGCGCCGCGAGCAAGAGGCUGUCGCGUCUGAGCCAGAGAAGGCUCCAGUGGAACAGCAAAAGCCACAAGAACUCCCAAUACCUACGGAAAGUCAGCUUGGUGCGCCGCCGGAACCAGAGGAACUCGACCCUCCACUACCCGAACUACCCGUUGCCCAAAAUCCUGAAGUUUCUCCACCUAUUCAUGUCUCUGAACAAAUACACUCGCGACCAGAGCCUGCACUCCCGGUAGAGCAAAACCUGACCCCACCAGUACCAAAAGCAGAGCCGCAAGCGCCUAGUCUUGAGCAAGUAGUGUCUAUGCCUUCAGUAAUAGAGGUCAAGUCAGCGCCUCCUGACGUCGAAGCGGUCAAAAAGCGCCAGGGUUUUAUCACUCGCACCCUCUGGACGUUUAUAAUGAUCGGAGGUUUCCUCAGUCUCCUCCUACUCGGGCAUGCCUAUAUGAUCGUACUUGUCCUGAUAUGCCAAACAGUGGCAUACCGAGAGGUCACUGCCUUGUUCAGCCUUCCAUCGGCUCAAGCCGCUGGCCACAAGUCCAAAAGCGCAAAGGCGAAGGACCCAUGGCGCAAGACUUUGAACUGGUACUUCUUCGCGGUCACGAACUACUUCCUCUAUGGGGAAAGUAUAAUAUAUUAUUUUAAACAUGUUGUUUUUGCAGACGCCCAACUCACACCGUUCGCUACGAACCAUCGCUUUAUCAGCUUUUCGCUAUAUACGAUCGGGUUUAUGGGCUUUGUCAUGUCGCUGAAGAAAGGGUACCUCAAACAACAGUUCGGCAUGUUCUGUUGGGUACACAUGAGCUUGAUGAUGCUGGUAGUCUCUAGCCACUUCAUUGUCAACAAUAUCCUUGAAGGUCUGAUUUGGUUCUGGGUCCCGGCUUCACUAGUCAUCUGUAAUGACGUCUUCGCUUAUAUCUGGGGUAUCACGAUUGGCCAUACCCCACUCAUCGCUCUCUCCCCGAAGAAGACGGUGGAAGGGUUCGUGGGGGCGUUCUUCAGCACUAUGGUGUUCGGCGUUAUAUGGGGGACUUACUUCAUGCGGUUUGACUACAUGAUAUGCCCCGUCCAUAAUCUCGGCGUCAGCGCGUGGAGCUCGGUGUCGUGCGUCCCGAAUCCCGUAUUCGUCUGGAAGGAGUGGGAGAUUUGGCGGCCAGUAGCGGCCAUCCUUUCGAAUGCUCUCGGAUGGCAACUCACUACGAUCCCUUACGCGCCAUAUCAAUUCCACCUCCUCGUCAUGUCGUGCUUCGCCUCGCUGGUCGCGCCGUUUGGCGGCUUCUUUGCUUCGGGGUUCAAGCGUGCGUUCGACGUCAAGGACUUUGGGGAUAGCAUUCCUGGCCAUGGUGGGAUGACCGACCGAAUGGACUGCCAGUUCCUGAUGGGCAUCUUCACCUACGUGUACUACAGCAGUCUGGUGAGGGUGCACCACGUUACUGUCGGCAGCGUAUUGCAAACGAUUGCCAGUGGUUUAACGGUGCAGGAGCAGAUAGAGCUACUCAGGGAUCUAAGAAGAUACUUAGAAAGUCAAGGAAUACCGACGAAUCUAUGA